ACAAAUGAAAACAAAUCUUAGAAUAGAAUCUAUUCAUUUUUCAGAUAUUUUCAAUAAAAUGGAAUAAAAAUAUUUCUCAAUCAAAAUGAAUUCGUCAGAUGAACAACAAAUUAUUCUUAAAAAGGAAUGUGAAAAUCUCAGCAUAAAGUUAGAUACUGAAGAGUUAAUUCACAAAGAUAAACUUAUGGAACUUACUUUGCCCCUAGAAAAUAAAGUCAAAGAAGAAAUAAAUCAUACUGAGUGCAAUAUUGAAAAAUUGUGUAGAAUAUGUUUAUCAACAAAAAGCAAUUUAUUUACAAAAACAUCAUAUUUAUAUAAAGAUAUCCAAGACAUGUAUUCAUCGAUAACAUCUAUCGAAGUGAAUUCUGAUGAAUUUCCCCUCCAAAUAUGUGAGCUUUGUAAAAAUGAUCUCAGCUUUUGUUAUGAUUUUAAAAACAAGUGUCAAAAAUCAGAUAUAACUUUCAAAUUUCUAAUUGGUGAACUCAAAACUGAAGAGGAAAUUGGUACAAGGUCAAUUACGGACGCUGAGGUGAAAGAAAACGAUAAUGAAUCCUAUGACACAAAAGAAGAGCUGGAAGAGCAUGAAGGUAUAAGGGUGUGAAUUAUAGCAAUAGGUCUAGCCCAUGUUGGUCUGGGGCUUAGUUCACAUGUUUACAUGCCAAAAAAAUGUGCCAAUUGUGUUAUUUGCCUGUAUGUGUAGACAAUAGGCUAGCUACUUAUCACUUUUUUCACAAUUUUCCAUCUAUUCCAUAUAUUUUGGCUAAACGUGGUUUGAGUGACUCACUGCUCUUUGAACUUUGCCUACCCCCUCGGGUAUCACAGGCGUGACGUACCUAUAUGUAUGUAAGCAGUAAGACAAGCACAAAAUUCGAAUUGAGUAACCACAAAACUAAAAAGAGACUGUGUGGACCAUUUAAACGCCCUUGAGUACAAUAAUAAUAUCAUAUUGAAAUUGGUUCUGGGAUAUGCAUUUCACUGCAGCAUGAAUACGUCGACAUGACUAGGAAAGGAAAAUAUACAAUAUUUGGAUGAUAUAAACGAAUUUGACGAUGACGCAGACAACAUUACAUUAAAUUUAAUAAAGAACGAAGAACAGGCUAUACAGAACAACGCAAACAUCUCUAUGACAGAUUCAAGUACUUUCCAUAAAAAGAUCUCAUCAAAGAGAAACCAUAAAGUAGCUAGUGAAAAAAAGAAAUCUCAUUUUUGUUCAUUGUGUUCUAAGAAAUUUCUAAAAGCGAAGACAUUGAAAGCUCACUUCAAAAGCGAGCAUGGUUCAGAGAAACUUCCGCACAACUGUGACCAAUGCAAGGAAUCAUUUAAUUCCGAGCAUGAUUUGCGUUUGCAUUCCAGUUUACAUGCAAAAGGUGCCACAUGGAUUUGCAUCGAGUGCCACAAGACAUUUGAAAGUAGAUCUAGACUGCGGCGCCACAUCCAGCGGCACAUGCAGUCGAAGCGGCACGAGUGCGGCGCGUGCGGCAAGGCGUUCGCCGAACUGUACGCGCUGCGCCGCCACCUGCGUGUGCACACCGGCGAGCAACCCGACAAGCGACACGUCUGCGAUAUAUGCGACAAGAGGUACAAUACAAGUGCGCUCCUCGCGUCACACAUGAUUAGGCACAGCGGCGCGCGGCCGUGUGUGUGCAGCUGCGGCAAGUCGUUCCCGUCGCAGCGCCUGCUCGCCUCGCACCGCCUAGUGCACUCCGACCGCAAGCCCUACGCCUGCCAGUACUGCGACAAGACUUUUCGACAUGAGUCAACACGGAACACCCACCAUCGGACGCACACGGGCGAGAAACCUUUCAUUUGUGCUUCAUGCGGGAAGACCUUCAUUCAGCGUUCCAACCUUGUACUGCACAUGCGCACACACACUGGAGAGAGGCCGUAUUCCUGCAAGAUGUGCGACCGCAAAUUCGCUUCGGGUUCAUCAUUGAAGACUCACGUGAGGACUCACACCGGAGACAAACCCUACGCCUGUCCAGUUUGCGAGAAGAGGUUCGCGCGACAGGACAUGCGCGCGCACAUGGCGCAGCACACGGGCGAGCGGCCGCACGCGUGCGCGCUCUGCUCCAAGCGCUUCGCCAGCGCCUGGCGCCUGAGGGACCAUUGUCGACAACACACCGGUGAAAAACCAUUCGAAUGCGCGUUCUGCACGGAAGUAUUUGCAACGAAAUCUAGGCUGAUGAAACACUUUAAAGUACACCAGAAUCAAAAGAAAUCAACAAAACAACAGGAGGAAGUGUACAUAGUUCGACAACUCGACUUGAACACCAACUCGUUCUUCGUGGCCAAUGAAGUAGUAUGUUCCGAAGAUAAAAAAGACACGACCAAUGUCGACGUCGAUGACGAUGAAAAUACUAAAAGCGUCGCGAGCCUAAGUCAGAAACUAAAUAUCGCUCAAGUUGAAAAACUAGACAUGGCUAAAAAUAAGAAACUUGAUACCGCUCAAGAUCAAAAACUUGAUGUCGAUCAAGAUGAGAACCUAGAAAUAGCUCAAGAUAUGCCAUUAGAAGUAACAGAAGAAGUUGUAUUGCAAGAAGAUAGCGAUAUAAAACCCGAAAUAUUGGUGGUACAGAACGUGCAAAAUAAUGGCGAUUAUCAAACAAGUGAUAUAUGCUUGACUGCAAAUGAUGUUAAUUUUGUCAAUGACAUAAAUUGCAGUGGUGACGUCAAUUUCGUUACGGUAAAUGAAGAAGGAGUUAGCAUUUCCUCGAGUGCUGUGCUAGAAGGCACCACUGUCAAGCUGUAUCAGUUAGACCAAAGUCUAGUUCAAAUACAUAGGUCAGGAAAACAAUUAACCAUUAGUAAAGUGACUAGUAAAAUGACAGAUAAUAAUUUUUAACCCAAUAACCAAAUAGAAUUAUGUACUUAUUAUAUUAUACUAUAUAAUGUACUUAUUAUUAUACUAUAUAACAUU